AUGUCGCCCUCGUUUUCUGCUCCUUCGAUAAGCGAUGCUCAUCGGUCCGAGACUCGCGGUUCGCUCGAGCGAAAGAGACCUCGCGCGAACGAUGACUCGGAUAGCCCAGAUCAUGUUCGCUCGCGGCCUCAUUCCUGGCAAUCGUCGGACCCCGGGGAGUAUGCUCUGGUUUCGAGUGCACAAUCUCGUCCCAUUGGUGUGGAUUCAAUCCUGAACCCUCCCACCAAGAUGCCGGCCAUCAAAUCCGAAAACGGUCGGGAAGGCUACGGGGAUGGGUUGCCGACUGCAUCGUCUUCACACACUCGACACCCGUCUUCACCGACGAUGCCGUUUCCCUCACCUUCGAUACACCCAGCUAAGAGACUUUCCUCCUCGCCGGGAGUCAGAAGCCACCCGAUCAUAGCCCCUGCAUCGCCAUCAGCUCGUUUUGUUCCUUCCGGAGGCGGCUAUGGGUUGAAGACUGGCCCGGCUCAAUCUCCUCUAUCUCAAGCAUCACGGCUUGGGACGUACUCAAGGGGCCCCAGUUCGCCCCAUUUCAUCGACCCAGUUCCAGGUCAUCCCGCAUCAACCUCCCCUAAUGCAGCUGCAGCUCCAAUCAUGGGCCCCGCCUCGGUACAGUCUACCCCAACUUUCCAUAGCCGACAAGCGAGUGGCAAUCAUACUCCAAACCCGAGCUCCCAGGAGACGAGCCCCACGACACCGGUUUCGACCUACAGUCAGUUCGGCCGAUCUUCUCCGGCAAUAGCAGUGACUCCCAUGUCGCAUCAUGCACCUCCAUACGGGAACACCUCAUAUGCGACAGGAGAAUUGACGAGCCGGUUACCCUCGGCCAUGGGAGGACCACGACCCGGGGCUGAGUCGGCUGAGCCGACACCCCCGGGUAUGAUCCUCUGCGUUCUGGACACGAAAUCGGGUUCGUCCCAGCAGGCAGAGAAGCGAAAGGCCAAUAGUGACGCGUCAAGAAGGUUUCGCAACCGCAAGAGAAAUGAGAUGCAGAUGGAACAGAAGAUCACUGCGCAGCAAGACGAGAUCAGGAAGCAAGCCGAGGCCCUACAGAGACAGACACAAGAGAUCCGGGCUUUGAUUCAGGAGCGAGACUUCUAUCGCUCCGAACGAGACUUUUUCCGUGAUCAUUACAGCCGCCUAGUGCCUGCCGGCCAGAUGCCUGCCCGACCGACAUCCCCAACUGCCUUUCGGACGUCUUUUCUCCCAGUAACUGAUCGAGAUCAACAGGCAGCUUGGCACGGGCCAGAGGUAACUCGAGAAGGCUUGGAACCCCUACCUGGACCUGUCGUGGCGAGAACUUCUGUAUCGGACUCAAAAAUGAUGCCCUUGUCGGCUCGGCCACCCGUUACAUGGCCUGCCUCUUCGGUCUCAUAUGCCACGAUGCACGCAGAGCGGGGCAUCAUGCCCGGCGAUAAGUCACCACGGGAGUUGGCACAAGUUUCGGGGGCAUGGACCCGGGGCUCUUGA